GAUUAUGUGUGAAGCACAGUCUGACAUAUCCAAACAUGGCUAAGUUAGCUAAAAUAGCCUUAUGCAUGGAGAUUUCAAGCACAGAGUGUGAGCGCUCAUUCAGCACUCAAAACAGACUUAAGAGUAAAUUAAGGUCAUCACUCAAAGAGAUUUCACUUGAAUCACUGCUGAGGGUUAGCCUUUAUGGAGAGCCAGUCUCAGAGUAUGACCCUGUACCAGACACAAGACAGUGGUUGGUCAAGAAUCGCAGAAGGAAGCGUCUGAUGCAAGAUUAUAAACCAAGAGAGUCCAAAAAGCAAAAGAAAUGACUGACAUAUCUUGUAUUACAACUAUGAUAAUGCAGUAAACAUGGAAGCAUAAUAAAUGUUUUACUCUUUUCCAUACAUUGUAAGGAGUAAAAAUACUCCUGCCAAAUUUCAGAUUUCAAGUUUUACUCAUUCACAAAAAAAUCAAUGAGUAAAUACUCAUUGCCCUAAAAAAUUAUCUGGAG